AUGCCCAGCAUAGACACUUCAAUUCAUUCGGCCCCCAGCGGCGCCGCUGCGAAGUUGGCAGCUCUUCACGCAGACGAACAACCCCUCAAAUUAUACGGAGGAUGGUUCUGUCCCUUUGUACAGCGGGUUUGGAUCACUCUGGAGGAGAAAAAGAUUCCCCAUCAAUAUGUGGAAAUCAACCCGUACAAAAAGGAGCCAGACUUUCUCAAGAUGAAUCCUCGCGGCCUGGUGCCCACUCUCGCUGUGCCUGUUAACGCUACUGGGACAGAACAGAAGCCUCUGUAUGAAAGCUCUGUCAUUAUCGAGUAUCUUGAGGAUGCAUAUGCAGAUGAGGCCAAAUACGGCCCUCGCCUGCUGCCGUCAGAUCCAUAUCAAAGAGCCAGGGCUCGGCUCUGGAUAGACCACAUCAGCACCAGAAUCGUUCCUGCUUUUUACAAAUUUCUGCAGCACACUCCCGAUAAGAGCUUCACCAUUGAUCAAGCACGAGAAGAGUUUCACGGACAUAUCAAGACCCUCGUGGCGCAGAUGGAUCCCGAGGGCCCAUGGUUUUUGGGAAAGAAUAUCAGCUUGGUGGACAUAAGCCUGGCGCCUUGGGCAAAGCGGCUAUUCCUGCUGGACUACUAUAAGCCGGGUGGGCUUCAGAUACCACAAGAGGGAGGUGAAAGCAAUGUGUGGACAAGAUGGAAUUCGUGGAUCAAGGCUGUGGAGAAUCACCCGAGCGUGAAGAACACCUGGAGUGACGAUGAUAAAUUUAUCGAAGUCUAUAAGAGAUAUGCGGAUGAUACAACAAGCUCGCUGGUGGGAAAGGCAACGAGAGAGGGCAGCAAGCUUCCAUGA